AUGGAUCCACGCAAUCGUGGUCAAAACCCUGCUGUAUAUGACGACCGCCAACCUGGUCUACCCAACGUAGCCCGCAAGUCAGCCAAUGCACCCAGAGCGCCCGCACGCAAGGUCGCAUUGGGACCUGGCGCAGCUCCAGUUCAGAGAGUUCCCUCUGGUCAUGGUGCGCCAAAUGCGCAUCGGAGUCGAGGCAUUGCGACAAAAACUAUGUCCCGGCAAGUGAAUGCUCAACGAGACGCUCGCCCCGUGGCAGAUCAACAUGUGCGAGCGCACUCACCGCCGCGCCUGGUAUCGCGAAAGCGCGCAUACGUUGACCAAGGUAGGAACGCGCAAGCACAGUUCACUUUUACUGCCCCGCUUCCCUCUCGCCUUCAACGGCCUACGAAAACCACGUCGCUACGACCUUGGUGGUUCACGGAAGACGAACACUCUAAUAUCCUAGGAAUCAGGCGGCGCCGCGAUCAGAACGAUGUGGGAGGGCGACAGCCACCUCGUAUGAUGGCCAUGUCAGCGGGAGGCUCAAGGCGCGCGCAAGCGCGAGCUCGGAGUCCGGCACUCUUGGUCCGGCAAAACGGACAUGCAAUUCCGAUGCCUCGUAGAGGAGGGUUUAUUGUGGGCCCUGGUGGUGUGUUGCACAAGCUAACAGACAGCGACGAUGACGAUGAAGACCCGUCUGCCGCAUCCAGGAAUAUACGCACGCAUCGCACGCAGCUUGCCACAAAAGCAGCGAUAAAGGGCGGGUUACAAUUUGGUUCAGACUCAAACCGCACGUCAAGAUAUCACAGAUUGAGGGCCAAUGAUGAUGACGACGAGUACUACCCGCUUAAAGGACUAUCACCAAUUGCCAUUCCUCCUCAGGAACUUGCGGAAAGGGUUCAGACAUCGGUUACGGACGACACAGACCAGGAGGAAAGUUAUGAGAAGCGAGAAGGCAGGAUGCUCGAUUGGCGAUGCCCCCUCUGCCAAUUGCAUUCUCCUUUCGAUACACGCGAGAUGCUCAACUUCCACCUAUGUUGUGAUCACAGCGAAGUCAAGAUAUCUACUUGGCGCAUCACGCUUACAAUUCCCGAGUUAGAUGAUGAGUUAUCGGAGGAGGAAGAGACGACAGAGGAGGAAUCGUCGGACGACGAAGAAGUGCAUGAGACACAUGAGAAGCUGCAGCCUGCACCCUUGGCUCAUCCGGAGCCCGUCAGCUCGCACAACCGCCCUUCGUCAGCUCGUGGCGCAGGCCCCGAUCACGCGAGCGGUCAAACGCUGUGGGAGAUGAGCCGUGAGGUGGAACAGCGUAUCGCCUCAAUGCAUCAGCGUCUCUCUGACCCGACGCUUCUCUCUGACUCGGAAGACAACGACACGCCUGAAGCGACGCACCCCCCGCCUGAGCCCAUGGUAUUAGUCCGGGUCGAAGAAGAGGAACCUCGCAUACCAAUCUCGGAGCCAGCUGCGCUUCCCCGUGCUCCCCAACCGAUCUCUGCUGCCCCUCCCGAGCCGGUCCUGAUUUUCAAAAAGUUCCGCGCAUUUUCACCUACACCGUCUCACACCGCAUCCGCUGGAGCCCGAACACGUUCAACUACUACACAAACACGCUCCUCUCGGGGGCUCCGUGAGGGUCGCUAUCCUACGCCACCGCCACCCUCUGAUCCUUUAGGCCCAGCUGCCCAACCCCCUUUUCUACCUACAGAACCAGCCGCGGACGGGGAACUAUACUAUUCAUGUCGAUUAGGUGGACCUCGCAUCUUUGACCUCUUGAACACGUUGCCUUUAGACCGCUUCGGUGUGAUGGCGUGGGCAAUCACCGACAGGGAGGAAGACCUCUUCGAGCUGGACGAUGUACGCGACGAAGAUAAGGUGAUCCUGGCGCUAUGGAACAGAUGGAUAAUGCUCAACAGACGUGUCAUCGACUUUGUCGACGAGUAUUGGUUCAUGAUCCAUCGUGCGGCAGGCUGGGAUGCCCUUCGUGCUUUUCUAUUAGUACUUGCUGCGAACAAGUUUCUCGAUGCACCGGAAGUAGCCAGGAUUCUCAAGCAUUACGAAACUCACACAGGGAUGGAUUAUUGGUACCAGGACGACGACGACGACGACGACGACCUCGAUGAUGCCUCUGCGGCAUAG